CCGCCCAACCCCAACGCCUCCGCCCAACCCAAACGCCACCACCACCGCAAGCCCUCCCCGCUGCCGUCCCCCGCCGCGCAGCCGCCGUCGCCUCGCUUCUCCGAUGCCGCCGCCUCCGACGACGCGGCGCCGGAGCCGGACUACACCGCCGAGCUCCCGGAGGAGCUCCUGGCCGCGGUCUUCGGCCUCCUCGGCUCCGGCGACCGCAAGCGCUGCUCCCUCGUCUCCCCGCCGCUGGCUGGCCGCCGAGGCCGCCUCGCGCCUGCGCUGCGCCUCGCGCUCGACGCGCGGGCCCCGCUCCUCCCGGCCGCUCCCGGGAUCCUCCGCCGCUUCUCCGCCGUCUCCAAGCUCGCGCUCAAGUGCGACCGCCGCGUCGACAGCGUCGGCGACCCGGCCCUGGUCCUCGUCGCGCGCCGCCUCGGCCCGGGCCUGCGCCGCCUCAAGCUGCGCUCCCUCCGCGCCGUCACCGACGACGGGGUCCACGCGCUCGCCUCCGCCGCCGUCAACCUCCGCAAGCUCCCCGUCGGCUCCUGCGCCUUCGGCGCCCGCGGCAUCGAGGCGGCCCUCCGCUCCUGCACCCAGCUCGAGGAGCUCUCCGUCAAGCGCCUCCGGGGCCUCGCCAGCUCGGACCCCAUCACCGUCCCCGGCCCGCGCCUCCAGUCCCUGUCCAUGAUGUAUGCAUUAAUUUGAGAUUUUGUCUUCUCUUUCUUUUUCAUUUUUUCCGUUUCCCCUUUUGGCCCAAGAUUGGAUGCGUUAAUUGUGAGAUUGAUGGAGUAUGGAUGCGUUAAUUGUGAGAUUGAUGCGUUAAUUGUCCAUGAUGAGGCUGAUAGGGAGCACCGGGGCCACUGCGUCCGUCUUUGCCCCACCCGCGGCGGAAAAUGGGCAGGAGCAGGUGCUCAUGCCGAGCUGCACGACGAGCUCCAAUGCCGCAAGCGGAGUCAAUCAGCUCCAGCUCUCCUG